AUGGCUUAUGCCAUGUCCAACGUCAAGGGUCCCAGCGAUCCGCGACGGGUGUACUCACACGAAGACUACAACGGGCCGAACAACCUCGAUCCAUCCAAGCCGAACCUCAAGGACACAAGCCUUCGACAAACAAGCGUGAGCCAUGCCCGAGCGAUCAACAGACAAAGAAUGAACCAAAUCACAGGGCAUGGCUCGACGGACACAGCCGUCUCGCGCCUCGCGUGCGAGGCGAUGGGGUUUUUAGUGGGUAUGGGCCGGAGCGCGUCGACCCCCGAUUCUCUAAGUGCACUACCUGUCGGCGCGCGAUGA